UACUGUGCGGUGUGUGUUUAGUGUGCAGUAAGUGUUCAGUUAGCACAGAGCUGCACACAGUAGCUGCUAUAUUGGAUCCAUAUUAACAUUCAACAGGGUACGAGUGGAAUUAAUUCAACUCGAUCGUUACUGUUGACGUACGACUGCCAGCAAAAAUACGUCAUUAAUCGAACAGACCGUGUUUUUUUUUCAACGGGGAAACAUUUUUUUAGAUUCAAACGCUUUUAACUUUGUUAACAAACCGACUGCCUAUUUAAAUUUUCCUUGGCAUUUCAAAGAGUUUGAGAAUCACAGCUACAAAUAUUAACAUUCUUCAAUAUGGAUUCGAGCUCACCCGAAGACGCGGCCCCCUCACCCUACCCUCGCAACGCGCCCUCGCUGCACACACGCGCCAUCCACGUGGGUUUUGAGCCCCGAGGCAACGAGACGCGUGCCCUGGUGCCGCCCCUCACCCUGGCCACCACUUUUGCACAGGCAGACCCCCAGCAUAAGGGGGAAUACUUCUACGGGCGACUCGACAACCCGUCCCGCGCUGCGCUGGAGCGCUCACUGGCAGCGCUGGAGGAGGCUGAGUACGCUGUGACGUUUGCCUCCGGCACGGCUGCGAUAUCCAGUGUGAUGCAGCUGCUGCGUGCGGGCGACCACGUACUCGUGAGUCACCACCUCUACUCCGGCACCUGGACUUUCCUCACUAAAAUCGCCGCUCGGCAAGGCUUGGUAGUGGAAUUCAUCGAUAUGCGUCAAGCGUCAGAAGUUGCUGCGGCACUCAAGCCGAGCACGCGCAUCGUGUGGUUCGAGUCCCCAUCCAACCCCACGAUGGAUCUCGUCGACAUCGCAGCUGUUGCCACCAUCGUGCAGCAACACAAUCAACGCGUUGGUCUGGAACACCUGUCACUCGAGCAGCCGAUUGCGGAUAAACGAAACGAACUGGAUGUUGAAGCAAGAGCCAUAUUGGUGGUGGACAACACCUUCAUGACGGGAGUGCUGCAGAGACCUCUUCUGCUUGGAGCAGACCUUGUGGUGCACUCUUGCACCAAGUAUAUCAAUGGAUCUACUGACGUCAUCAUGGGUGUGGUGUGCACUAGCAGCAAAAAUCUACACGAGAAGCUGAAGUUUAUACAAACUGCUUCAGGUGCCAUCCCUUCACCUUUCGACUGCUACUUGGUUCAGCGCUCUGUUCGAACCUUACCCCUGCGCAUGGAGCGUCACAUGAAGAACGGAAUUGCCGUCGCCAAGUUCCUCGAGAGCCACGCGUGCGUGAGGCGCGUCAACCACCCAGGCCUGCCGAGCCAUCCUCAGCAUAAGCUAAGCGUUCGACAGUCGUUCGGCCACUCUGGCAUGUUGAGUUUCUACUUGAGAGAAGACGACAUCGAAAAGUCCAAGACUUUCCUCAAGUCCCUAGCAGUGGUGACUCUCUCAAGCAGUCUGGGCAGCAUUGAGAGCCUUGCUGAGCUUCCGGUUACAAUGUCGCACGCCGGCGUACCAGCAGAAGAAAGAGAGGCGUCAGGUGUCACCGCUGGACUCAUCCGCCUUUCAGUCGGUUUGGAAGAUGUUCACGACCUGACACGUGACCUUGAUCAAGCCUUAAAUAAAGCUUUCGGCAACUAAUUUCAAUUUUGUUUGAAGAGAGCAAUGAAUUCUUUUUGUUUUGUUUGAAGUUAUUUACUAUACUUUUUACUAUUAUCGUUCAUUAUUCUAAAAUAAAAGUAAUUAACCUGUU